GAGAAUCCCGCCUAAAGUCGUAUGUCGGUAGCAGUAUCCGCGCGCAACCGGUGUGGGAUAAACGCCAGCCUUAUGUCGCUCGCUGCUGCUACAGCACGUAAACACGACCCAGAUAAAAGCCCGAGAAGAAUUAUCAAGUUACCCAACUUUAUCGCUGGAGCAAGGAUGGUGAACCGUAAUGAAAGGCGCGCAGUGGCUUGUGUGCUGCUAGCGGUGACGGCGGUGGUCGCAGCCGCUUCAUACGAUCGGGAACGCCUUGAGAUCGCCAAGCAGAUACUAGAAGAAGUGCCGCUAACUGACGGGCAUAACGACCUGCCAUGGAAUAUUCGCAAGUUUCUCCGUAAUCAAAUCAACGAAUUUGAACUGGACACAGAUCUUACCCAAGUCGAACCAUGGUCCAAAUCUAAGUACUCGCACACAGACCUGCCACGACUGAGGGAGGGCAUGGUUGGAGCUCAGUUCUGGUCGGCGUUCGUCCCUUGCGCUGCACAGAAUAAAGAUGCAGUGCAACUUACUCUGGAGCAGAUUGAUGUCAUCCGACGUCUUGUUGACAAGUACCCUCAGUACCUGAAACUCGCUACUUCAGUCACAGAUAUCCUGGAAGCUCACAGUGCCAGGCCACGCAAAAUUGCAUCCCUCAUCGGCAUUGAAGGUGGACAUUCGAUCGGAAAUUCCCUGGGGGUGCUUCGAAGUUACUAUCAACUCGGUGUGCGCUACAUGACACUGACUCACACGUGCAAUACACCCUGGGCUGAUUCCUCCAACGAGCCACCCGCUGUGAAUGGACUCACGGAAUUUGGAGAGAAAGUAGUGCGAGAGAUGAAUCGUCUCGGCAUGUUGAUCGAUGUGUCGCACGUGGGUGAAAAUACGACUCGGGCAGCAAUCAGGUUGUCGAAAGCGCCGGUUAUCUUUAGCCACUCAUCCGUUUACAGCCUAUGUGCGCAUAAAAGAAACGUUCCCGACGACAUCAUCCAGUCUAUAAAAGAAAAUGGAGGGAUCAUCAUGGUGAACUUCUUUCCGGAUUUUGUUAAAUGUGCACCAAACGCUACUCUAUCUGACGUCGCUGAACAUUUCCACUAUAUCAAGAGGAUGAUUGGUGCUAACCACGUCGGCAUUGGUGGUGAUUUUGAUGGAGUUAAUAGAGUUCCACGUGGAUUGGAAGAUGUUUCCAAGUAUCCUGAAUUGUUUGCUGAAUUACUACGAAGCGGGCAGUGGAGUGUACAAGAAUUGAAAAAUCUAGCGGGGCUUAACAUGCUACGAGUUAUGAGACAAGUAGAGAAGAUCCGCGAUGAUAUGCGUACAAAUGGCGUGGAACCCGAAGAACACCCUGACUCACCCACCGACAACGGCAACUGUACUAGCAACGCUUUCUACAUCGAAUACGUGUAAAAUGUCUUUUACAAACUUACUUUGUAUGUAGCUGCCAAUGGUUGAACAAUGAUUUGAAGAAUUAAUCUCUUAAACAAAUACCGGCAUCGACAAAAAGAUUAAUAAGUACAUAAGUAACGUAGUACAGGCAUUAAGUAGCAAGUACUUUUGGCCACAGACCUCUACUAAAACAAGUACGCUAGACCUGCGAUUGUGGACCUGUUUUUAAAGCUACUUGAUUUUCGCCAUUUUGGCGUUGAAGUAGCAGCGGACGUCAUGUGAGUGUACUGACAACUUAAUUUUAGUGACGAGAUAUCUUGAAACAUAGUGUCAUCAUGAAGACUAUUGGACAUAGUGUCAAUUUUAAUAUCCGGUCCGCUCAGUGGACCGCUUCGAACCCGCAGAAAAAUAACGUCGUUUUGUAUGGAAGGUUUUUCUGGCGUACUUGUAUAAGUCCACUUCAGUAACAUUUGGCAGUCAUGUAGAAAGUAUUUAUUGACAUUACGAUGUAUUAAUUAUAGUCUGAAUGAUCCAAAUUGCAACAUUCAAAUUGAUGUUUAGAUAUAAAGUAUCUUAAAUGUAUUCCAUUGGUGUUUUUCCAAAUAUCGGAGUCUUGUUUUACAAAAGUGUUAUCAAGAGAUACCAGGAAAUCAAUUCAACGUCUCAGGGGCGUAUUGAUUUAGGAAGCGAUAAUAUAAGGCUAUCCCAUUCUAAGAAUAAAUACAAUAUUACGCAGCAUUGCAGACCAAAAAUGUAGGAGGUAAUUACCUGCCUAAGCUGUAAUUUUUCAUUAUUGAAAAUUAUCAUCCUGAAAUACAUGACAAAAGUAAUAUCUUUUCAUUCUGUAAAACCUAAACAAAAGAAUUAUAAUCAGUCAUCGGUGUAACAAGGAUAAUUUAUUACAUAAUAAUUAUGUAUUGCUGCUUGCUUGUACGAUAACAGUAGGUACCUAUAUUUUAAAAAGUAAUCAAAAUUGCGAAUCGCUUAUACGCAAGUUAUAGAAUGAUAAUUCACCCUUGUUAGCUACACAGAAUUAACUUUAAAAAAUGGGAUAGUAGAAUACCAUAUUAUUAAAUUUUACUCUUGUGUAACCCUUAGAAUCAGGUUUAAAAUAUGUAAUCAGUGUAGUAGGUGCAUUGUAGGUGUUCCCUGUGGUCAAAGCACUCCUUCGUCUCUUUCGUGAUUAGUAUCUUUUGUGUCACAUAUCACCCUAUUUACUUCUAUAAUCUCUAAAAUGGCUCCGUCAUACUGAAAAUUCUUUAAUAAAAUCGAAUUUAAAUUAGUUUAAUUAAUUUUAAUUAUGAUAAGUUUAAUUUAUAUUUAUAUAAAAUGAUUGUCAAGUUUAUUGACUGAGUUAAUAAAGAGACGAGAAAAAUAAUUGGAAUAAACAAAUGGAUUACAUGACAAGUUAUAUUAAAAAAUGUGUAAGAGAGAAUUAUGAUUAAAAUAUGAUGAAAAUAUUUUUAUUUACAUUUGAUAUAAUUAAAAAAACUAAUGUAUGACUUAGGAAUGUAGUUAGCAAAUAAAUUUUUAACAAUGUUAAAAAUGUUAAUUAUUAAAUCUUUUAUACAUAAGUAAUCGGAAGAUAAAAAGUUAAUUUAAAUUGUAAAGGAAUUGAGUGCCAAAAUACGGACGCCAUUGGAUUUGUUCUUCUUUCUCGUUUCUCCGCUUAGGUAAAAUAAUCGUUAUAUAAAGUAUAGUAUAACAUGGAAGAGAUCAGUAAAUUGAUAUACUUUGAUCCAUAUGGAAAUUUCGAAAGAUGGAAUAAAAUUUUGAUUGGUUAUUUGACUUUGCACAUAGUUUUCAAAAAAAAACUUUAAUUCUGGAUAUCGUGUUUACGUAGGCUUGUGACUUUAAGGAACUAAUUAGAAUUGUGUAGGAUGUGCUACAGGCUAAAUGAUAAUAUAGACCUGUAUCUAAAACGAUCACUAACAAAAUUCAUUACCUUUGGUCUUCGACGGUGUACGUAAGCGUAAGCUUUGCUACUUGUGUUCUCUGUUUUAUAUAUAAAAUAUCUCGUUGUAUACUAAGAAGUUUUUUUAUCACCAUCUACUACUCUCAGAAUCUACAUUUAGAUUUGCUUCUAACAUGAUAAUAAUGCAAUAACUUAAUCAAUGAAACUCCAAACUAUCUGAUUUGUCUGGCUUUACUCAGGUGAAAUUUGAUAUAGCUAUUUAUAUACAAUAGACAUAAUAUGUAACCUGUGUUACUUCUGGAUAAAUUAGCUUUCUGGUGGUGAAUGGUUAUUAAAUCGGUUCAGUUCGGUUCAAAUUCGGUUAUCGAUUACAAACAAACAAAUCUUUCCUGUUUAUAAUUUUAUAAGUAAAUAAAGAUUUACAUGUAGGUAUUAUUUACUGAUCUCUUUGAAUAAUAAAACAAUAUGUGUAAGUAGAUUAUAUUGCUAUGUAGUUUCAGUGUUUAUCGAAAUAAUCAAUGCAUUCACAUCUAUUAUCUCUUUCAUGAGGUUUUAUAUUAUAUAAUAUUUACUUUGAUGUAAUAUGUAGCAUAAUUAUUAACACAUACUACAUUAAUUAAAACGUUGUGAUCUUUACAAACUGUGCCAAAAUUAUCCAAGGAAAAUUAAUAUCUAUUUAUUAUAUAAUUUAAUGAAAUUCUUGUUUUUGUUAACAUGUUAGAUUAUAUAUUGAAUUCGCUGUGGAUUAUAAUUUAAUCUUAAAAUGAAGCUCAAUAUUGUUUAUUGCAUUCUAUAACAAUAUAAACAUAUAUAAGGCUCAUUUUCUUUGUUUGUUUAUAAUAAUAAUAAUAAUAAAGUUUUUUAUUAAAGGCAAAAUAACCCAGUUUGUAACAUACAUUACAAAAUAUACAAUUGCAAAAAAAUAUGUAUGAAAGAUACCUACUUGUAAUCCCCUGUGGGACUAGUGGGUUACGAAGGGCAUCUCCAUUACUCCAUACAAAUGUAACUUUAAAUACUAACCAACGAUACUCAUUGAAACUUUAUAGAACUUUCUAGAAAAGAAUAUUUAUGUCUAUAGUUUCCAGAUUUCAGUUAAAAUAUUCAGUUCCAAGUUACAUGGUCUCAGAAUUUACAAAAAAAACUUUAAAACUUUUAGAGCCUCAAUAGCUCA